GAAAGCAGUACACUAUAUUGCAGCUGAAGAACCAUAUGAAUGUUUUUCUUUGUUUAACAACAUGGGUAUUUUCAAGUCAUACAGUAGUUACACAAGAAACAACGGUACUUAUUUGGAAUGGGUCAUGAAAAGAACCAAAGACGAAAUGGCUGAAGCGUAUCGCUUGCAUAAGAAACAACUUCAGCUGAUCCUUCUCAGCAGGAAUGAAUAUUCAACACCUGACAACCGACGUUUGAUUCUGAAAGAAUCCCUUCACAGCGCGUAUCUAGAGGCUUUAUUGGACGCUUAUCCGGAUGCUCUAUUUAUUCACACGUACCGGGAUCCGGUAGAAGUGGCGGCGUCCACUUGUUCUAACCUUGAACAUUUUAGACAGAGUAGCGGUUUUAAUUUAAAGGCAAUCGACAGGGAAGCAUUGGGGAAGGUAUUUCUUAAAGUUCCAUGGAGACACGGUGGGAGAGAAAUGUUAAAAUUCAGACAAGAGCACCCAGAAGAAGGGCACAGGUUUAUUGACAUUGAUUACAAGGAACUGGUAGCGUCACCAAUGACUGUCGUUAAGCGGAUAUACGAGAAAUUUGGACUAAGUUUAACCAAUCACGGGAGAGAGAGGAUGGAGAGAUAUGUUCUGGAAAACCCGCAAAACAAAUAUGGCCGCCAUAGAUAUGACCUGAAGAAUUAUGGUCUUACUGAGGAUGAAAUACGCGAACACUUUAAAGAAUAUAUCGGAUAUUUUGAUAUAAAGUGUUAG